AUGGUACCCAGCAAACUAAACCGUCAUUUGAUCACAAAUCAUCCCAGUUGCGUUAAAAAAGACAUUCAAUUUUUCCAACGGCGCUUGGAUCAAAAUAAGAAACAAAAGCAGUUUAUGAAAUCGGCGGUUACGGUUUCUGAAAAGGCAUUAGAAGCAAGCUACCUUGUUGCAAAAUUAAUUGCACAACAAAAAAAACCGCACACUAUCGGUGAAACGCUUAUUAAACCAGCAUGCAUGGAAAUUGUUAGACUUAUGCUUGGGCCAAACGAAGUUAAGGACGUGAGUAAAGUUUCUUUGUCGGCCGAUACUGUUAAAAGACGUAUCCAAGAUAUGUCAAGUGAUAUUUUGGGAACACUAAUUAAAAAAAUCAUUUCGGCUGGAAUUUUUGCGCUUCAAAUCGACGAAUCAACCGAUAUUAAAAAUAAAGCACAACUGAUGGCUAUUGUACGUUUCGUUGACGAGGACUCUAUUAAAGAACAUUAUUUAUUUUGUAAGGAGGUUCCAGAGAGAACUACCGGUGAACAAAUUUUCCAAGUAACUGAUAAUUUUUUUAAAAUACAUAAUAUUCAGUGGACCAAUUGCGUUGCUAUUUGUACAGAUGGUGCUGCUGCAAUGAUGGGCAGUAAGAAAGGUUUUGUAUCUUGUGUAAAACAAAAAAAUCCGUCAAUACAAAUUACACAUUGCUGCAUACAUCGAGAAGCAUUGAUGGUCAAAAAUUUGCCCGAACAGCUUUCGAUCACAAUGAAUGAAUGUAUUAAGAUCAUAAACAUAAUUAAAUCGAGAGCCUUAAAUUCGCGAAUCUUUGGAAUACUCUGUGAAGAAAUGGGAAGCGAACAUGAAUCCUUACUGUUUUAUACAGAAGUUCGUUGGUUAUCCCGGGGAAAAGUUUUAGCUCGACUGUUUGAACUUCGCUACGAAGUGCGUGAGUUUCUUUCAAGUCAAGAUAUGUACGAUCUAUGCCAGCACCUUCAUGAUGAAUACUGGAUAGCCAAACUUGCAUACAUGGCGGAUAUAUUCGAACAUCUGAAUGAACUUAAUAAAAAAAUGCAAGGACGGAAUGAAAAUAUAUUGACGUGCUCCGAUAAAUUACAAGGGUUCAAAAAGAAACUUGAACUUUGGCAGGAACAGUUGCAAAAAGGAUGUCUAGAAAUGUAUCACAGGACCAACCACAGUACGAUCGAAAACAAGCAGCUGAUUGUGGAUUUGGCCCAACAACAUUUAAGUAUGCUUCAACAAAAAUUUGAAUACUAUUUCCAUUCUAUCAACACGGAACAAUACAAUUGGAUUCGAAAUCCUUUCGCAACCAAUGCAAUAAGUUCCACGGAAGCACUGCCAUUGCAAAUUCGAGAGGAGUUCACAGAAUUAAGUAAUGAUAUGACCCUAAAACUUAAAUUCGACGAAGUUCCGUUAGAUGUUUUCUGGAUUUCCAUCAAGACAGAAUAUCCACGCAUCACCGACAAGGCCAUCUUCACACUACUUCCGUUUUCCACAACAUAUUUAUGUAAAGCAGUUCAACUUAAGUGGAAAAAUUUGAGAGACGCUUUUGUUCGUCAUAGACGUCAGAAGUCACAAAAAUAUGGAGACAAAGCUAAACCUGCAAAAACAUACAUCUAUGCUAAUCAAUUACAGUUUUUAAGGAAGGUGACUAAUUCUUGUUAGACAGAAACUUCACUACCAAAUACAUUACAAGAGAGUCAAGGUGAUCUCGAUCUAUCACAUGACUAUGAUGAUACGCAAGACAGACAAUUAGUAGAUGCCAAGGGGAAAUCCCAAACCCAAGUUACUCCUAGUAGAAGUACUCAGUUUAGAAGAAAUAAAUCUGCUUCAGAAAGUAAAUGAAUAAAUUAUAUGGACUCCCAGAUCAAGCAACCAUCACCAGUGAUACAAAACCAACCAAAAGAAACCGAUGACUUGGCCUUCUUUAGAUGAUUACAAACGAGUUUAGAUACACUCACUCCCAAUAAACAAUUAAACUUCCGAAUAGAUGUGAUGCAAUUGUUAACUCACUACACAAACAGAAAACCAAACCAAGAUACACCUAAUUUUUCAAAUUUUACUCCCGCUUAUCAACAGGCACAGCAAUAUCCAGUUAUGGCCAAUUUUCCUUAUACAAGUUUCAAUACGCCAAUGCCUGCACAAACAUCAUAUUCUACAGUAUCACCUGGGCCGUCACGUACGCCCUAUUGUGCAGUACUACCUGGGUCCUCACACACAUCAUGUUCCACAGUAUCACCGGAGCUCAUAUUUUCUCCAUUCAAUAGUAGUCGCAGUACUCGCAGUUGCAGAAAUGCUAUAGAGAGUUUGGCCAUACCAGAAAAUUCUCUGAUAGAAUCAGAUGCUUCCAUUAUGUCCGAAGCCGAAUCGAUAUUAUCAUUGUUUUAAACAAAUGUGUAUCUACACAUUAACACUAUCAUUAUACUUAUUUUCUCAAUAAUGGUCUUUUGUUUGUACUUACCUCAAUGUCAUUGAUAACAUUUCCCCUGGUUCAAACGCAAAUCCCCGUACCAACUCCACAUUUGUAAUAAAAGUGCUUUUUAGCUUUUCACAUAGCUCAUUAAAUGAGC